GAAAUAGGAGAAAGAGAAAAAGAAGGAUAAAGAGGAGCAGGAGAAAAAGGAGGAGGAGAAAGAGAAGGAGGAGAAAAAGAAGGAGAAAGAGAAGGAGAAGGAGGAGAGGGGAAAGGGGUGUUGGCACAAGGCGGUGCCAGGGGAUUGCCCGCCCAGCCAGCCCUGGCCAGCAGCGAGGAGGAGGAGGAGGAAGAAGAAUAGAAGAAGAAGAAGCUCCAGCAUCCAGCCCUGAACCAUGGCCUCUGCCCUAUUGCCCGGCGCUGUGGACCCCUUGUCCCUUUGGCGGGACCCUCCGUUCCCUUUGACGCCCCGCUGAUGGAACCGUCCGGUUCAUAGGAUGCCGUGCCUUCACUCCUUCCCUCCCACCAUAUUGUCCUCCCCGCCUGUUGCUGGAAGGGGACUCCUCCGCCCUCCACCAUGAACCAUGACCAGGUCCUGGAGAGCAACGCGGUGGCGUGGCUGGUCUGCUCGGGCCUCUCGGGGCUGGCCAAUGCCUGGGGCAUCCUCAGCGUGAGCGCCAAGCAGAAGAAAUGGAAGCCGCUGGAGUUCCUCCUCUGCACCUUGGCCGGAACCCACAUCCUUAACAUUGCCAUCCCCAUCACCAUGUACUCGGUCGUCCAGCUCCGCCGGCAACGCUCCGACUACGAGUGGAACGAGGGCCUUUGCAAGGUCUUCGUCUCCACCUUCUACACCUUGACCCUGGUCACUUGCUUCUCUGUCACUUCGCUCUCCUACCACCGCAUGUGGAUGGUCCGCUGGCCAGUCAACUACAGGUUAAGCAACACCAAAAAGCAAGCCGUCCACACGGUGAUGGGCAUCUGGAUGGUGUCCUUCAUCCUUUCCACGUUGCCGGCUGUGGGAUGGCACGACACCACCGAGCGCUUCUACGCCACCGACUGCCGCUUCAUCGUCACCGAGAUUGGCCUGGGCUUCGGUGUCUGCUUCCUGCUCCUCAUCAGUGGCAGCGUGGCCAUGGGGGUCAUCUGCGUGGCCAUCACCCUAUUCCAGACCUUCUCCAUCCAGGCGGGGAACAACGUCGACAAGAACAAGUUCAAUGUGCCCACCAUCGUGGUGGAGGAUGCCCAGGGGAAACGCCGCUCGUCCAUCGACGGGUCGGAGCCCAUCAAGACCUCCCUGCAGAUCACCUACUUAAUCACAGGCAUUGUUUUCAUCUAUGACUUCCUCAUGGGAUUCCCUAUCCUGGUGGUGAGCAUUUCCAGCCUGAAGUCGGACGUGGCCCACGACUGGAUGGUGCUGUGCGUCCUCUGGUGCUCCGUGGUGCAAUCCCUCCUCCUCCCGCUCUUUCUCUGGGCCUGCGACCGCUACCGGGCCGACAUCAAGUCCAUCUGGGAGAAAUGCCUGGCCAUCAUGUCCAACGAAGACAGCGGGGAAGACAGCAGCCUGGAUGGGGCGAUCCACGCCGACCUGAUCUACGAACGGCCCUACGACUGCAACUUUGCCGGAGACGCGUUGACCUUAGACCACAUUGCCAAAUACGACUUAUCUGCUCUGGAGAGGGGCCUCCCGCAGGUGUACACCAUGAAACCCCCUCCAGAGGAUAAAAUGCAGUACCUGCAGGUCCCCCCUACCCGACGCUUCUCCCACGACGAAACGGACAUCUGGACGACGGGACAGAUUUCGGCCUACCUCCAGCACUGGGGGGCCGGUGAGGACAUGAUGGCUGGCCUGGCCCAGCUUCUCCUUCCGCAGCACAGCUACGACCGCCGGAGGAGCAGCCUCCUUUCCUUCCAGGAGGACGGCCGCCUGUAUCGCAAGCGUCGGAAGUCGGCAGCUGAGAGCACUCUCUCCCUCCGGCCCUUCUCCUGCGAUGACUACUACAAGGAGUCCAGUGGCUACCGCUGCUUCGGCAAGGAGGAGGGGAUGGAUUUCAUGGAUGACUAUGAUGCCAUCCCUAGGAAGACCCCCCUGCGCUCAGCCUCUGUCUCCGUUCUCCCGGAGGCCCUCCAGCGUUGCUCUCCGGCCACCUCUCUGGCCAACUUCCCCUUGACCUGCUUCGACCGGGAGCCUCAGGGUCUUCUGCGGCCCCUCUCUGCCCAGGGACAGGGGCGCUCCACCUUGAGGGUCCCCGGCACCCUCCUGCCCCAGGACGAUGCCAAGGACCAAUUCCUGAAAGGGACCACCGGACCCCCUUGCCUCGAGCAGAUCCACAUCGAGCUCUGCGAGGCCCAGACUCCAGAGAGCCGUCCGGCGAGCAGCUGCUGCUCCGACUCGGAGGGGUUUCGGACCGGCCUCAGUCCCUCCUGGGGGCAGAAAAACGGGAGCAAAGGGAGCAACAGCAGCUUCCUGAGUUCGCCAUCUUCUGGGUACGUGACGUUCCACUCGGAUUCGAGCGGCUCGACCUCCUAAAAGAAAAGACCUGGAGACCACCGCUGAUCCCUUGCUGGGCGUUUCUUACUCUGCUAUCCAAUGCCUCUUUGUGGAGUGGAUUAUUAUAGCAGGAGACUGGGCCAUGCACCAAAGAUAACAGAUCCCAGUUUCCUCCGUCGCUUUUUAUACAAACCAGUAGUGGUUGGGCUUGCAGGUGGGUGGGAGACAAGGGUUGACAUGCUUCCAAGGAGCAAGGAUUUUUUUGGAAAGGAGUCGAAGCCCCCUGAACUGCAUCUCCGUUCCUCUGGGAUCACGAUGAAUUACCUGGCCGAAGGAAUCUCUGCUCUGAUAUUUUCCCUCCAACAAAAUGGGUGCGGCUGGUCAGCCGUUACCCCGUUUUGCAAAGAAUAAUCAACCCAACUCCUCUUUUUUCCUGGUAAUUUAAAAGUUGGUGUAAAAUUAUGCAUGUUUCCCUCACCCCAAUAUGGAGCAAUCCUGCAAUGCACAUCCUCUGGAAGAGGAAGACCCAUUUGCCAAAAGUUGAGGGUUUGUUGUGGGGAGGGAGUGGAGAUUUCCUUCAACAAAGUAAAGGAAACCUUUCUCUUGGGUUUCCUUUCCCUCCGCCCUUCGCUCAGGGGGAUCUCUUCCCUUGUCCCUUGCUGGCCAAGGGUACCUCUGAGCAUGCACAGAAAUCCCUGAGCCUGGCUCUGGUCUCAGGCUUCUCCCUCAGGUAGCUUUGAAAACCGUGGUUCCUCUUUUCCAUUACGCAUGCAGUGGGAGGGCGGCCAUUCGAGUUGGCACAGUUUUUGAGGAUGAAUCCUAUAUCGGUUGCAUGCAUGUGCUGUUUGUCUUGGUUGGAAGGAAAAGGGUUGUAUUUGGUGAAUAGAUGCCCAGAAAAGGAAUGAGGGCCAGAUGGAAA